AACAAUUUCAAAUAAAAUCAUUAUGAAAAUGUCAUGUGCGCCAGCACCUUCACAAUGUUUAUCACUUUGACAGUUAGCGGUAUGGUAUAUAGCAAAAUGGCUGGAAACUGAAUCAAACUUAAAUAUUUCGUUGUGAUAUUUGAUGGCGAAAUGUGUAAUGUGAUCAAAUGUGGAUAAAAUGUCAAAACAAGUUAAACGCAAAAUCACUGUAGAACUUCCUAAAGCGAAGGAAUUGUUGAAAAAUCGACUGAGCGUGUUUGACCGAUUAGGGACCAAAAAACAGCCGAAAACAGCUCCAGAUCAAACUGAUUCUGAGGCGAAAGUUUGCAGGCAGUGGGCGCAGCAAGGGACUUGCUCUUAUGGCAAAUCUUGUAAGUAUGCCAGUACACAUAAAUUAAUAAGCCCAUCCAAACAGAGGGCUGCCAAAAUUCCGCAAGAAUCGAUUGCGACCAAAAGAAGUGAGGAACCUAACAAACGUUUACAUUCUUCAGUAGUAGUUCGAACGGGAACGGGAAAGUCCGAAGCCUCACAAUGGACCGACAAUGACUUGGAGUGUGCUGACGCUGAUGCUCUAGAGAAACGCAGACAGCAACUGCAGCGAGAACUUGAAGCUCAGAUGAAAAUGGAGUCCAAGAAGCCAAUUAAUGUAGUUGCUAAGAAAGAAGUGAAAAAGCAUAAGUCUCCGACAUCUUCUUCUUCCAGCUCUGCAACAAGCUCUGGUAGUAGUUCAAGUUCAGAUGAUUCCAGUUCCAGUUCAAGCACAACUUCUCAUGAAUCUCGAAGUAAGAUUAAACGAAAGCUAAAGUCAAAAAGAGCAUCCAGUUCUUCUUCUGAAUCUGGGCACAAAAAGAAGCCAGCAGUGAAGGUUGUGAAAUCAGGUCACAAACAUGCUGUUAAGUCCAUGAAAGUAUCUACAUCUUCUGGUUCAAUAAAAAAGAAAUUAAUUGACAAAACCAUACGCAAGAAAUCUAUUUCUCCAAUUAGUAGAUCAAGAAAACGCUCACUGACGCCGCCUCAAAAAUCAAGAAGUAUUUCAAAAACUUCACAGUCACGUAAGUUGGCACGUUCACCAAAAUCUGAUCGAAAAACACCUCCUUUGCAUAGUAAAGAUAAGCUAAGACAUGAAAAAGAGAGAGAGAAAGAAAAAUUACAAUUAGUAAGUAAAGCUGAAGUUAAAGUACAACAGAGGGGUAGAAGUCGGGAUAGAAAAGCUAUUAAAUCAUCAAGAGUAGUUUCUGAAAGUAGAAGUGUAAAAAAUGCUACUAGGCAAAGAUCAAGCUCAGCAAGGAGAAACUCUCAUUCUAGAGAGCAGAAAAGAAAGUCUUCCUUAGAUAGAAAGGCUUCACCUGCCAAAUCUAGAACUAGUGGUUGCGGAAGCAGUAGCAGAAGAGACAAAACCCCUCCUCGAGAUGAUGCAUCUAGAAAUCGAGAUGAUAGGAAGCAGGCUCCAAAUUCUUCUGAUAGAAAUAAUCGAAGAAAUGAUUUAAUAAAAGACCGAAAACAUAAUGAGCGUGAUACUGAUAGAGACAGAGAUAGAAGAGAGAGGGAUCGUAUUGAAAGAGAACAAGCUCGAGAAAAGGAAAGGGAGGAAGCUUUAGCACGGUGCCAAGAACGUCAGCGAGAAAGAGAUAGGAUUGCUAAACGAGAACAAGAGAUUUCCAGAGAACGAAAUGCAAGAGGCAGAUCCCGCGGCGGACUUGAUAAACCUGAUAGAGAUAAACCUGCACCCAGACUUCUUCCUAGACCAGGAGAGAGAGCUUUAGCAUUGGCACAAGCAACAGGUAACACAGAAAAAUUGGCAGCAUUGGAUAGAGCACAUGCUAGAGAAUUGAGAGGUGUUAGUCGUGAUCGCCACAGAGACAGAGAGGAUAGCUCUCGGGAUCUAAGUACUGGUGGCAACAACAAUGGAAGUGCUGCAUAUCAUCACCAUCAUCAUCAGACGCGCAGGGGUACACCACUAUCACCAAGAUCACCUCCUCCUAUAGUUGUUAGGGAACGAGAUAGAGAGCGCGAUAGAGAUCGUGAUAGAGAUAGGGUUAGUUAUGAUGGGGCUAUGGGAAUACCCUAUGAUGAUGAUGGUUUGGAAGGUGAUCCACAAGCAGUUGCUGGCAGAAGACAUGGGUACAGCAGUCCAUUUGAGAGAGACAGAAGACGUGAGGAUUGUGAUAGAUAUGUUGAUAGAUAUGAUGAACGGCGCAUCGAAACUACAGAUGAAAGAUCUAUACAUCAUUGGGAUCGCGAAAGAUCGCGAGAUAACAGAUCUAGAUCAGGAGGACGUGGCAUGUCUCAGACCAUGUCUCCAAGACAUAUGGCUGGUAUGGGAGACUGGAGAGAGCGUUCGCCGAUGAUUAUGGAGGGCUCUCGAUGGACUCCACCACAUGGUCACUAUGAAGCAGAUAGAGAUAGAGAUUCAUUGCAUGAUCAUAGAAUGUGGCCAGAUCGAGAUAUCAGAGAACAACAUCACAGGCAAUCACUACCAGAAAGAGAUCACGAAAGGGAGAGAGAUCCUCUAUGUGACCGGGAAAGAGAUCGUGGUUUACCAAGAGGAGCAGCAGGUGGAAAUUGGGAAAGGGAAUGGCCACAAGAUCGAGAUCGACAUCAAAUUGCUGGAGGUGACAUGGAUGCAUUACCAGUGCAGUCACAACAUCCAUAUCGCCGCCAUGAAUCGCCAUCAGUUUCAAUAAAGCCUAAGACUUCUUUGGGUAAUACAAUAAGCAAAGAACAGAAUCUGAAGAGGCCACUAAGAGAUGAAAUUAGCGAGCAAAAUCCACGACCUGAAGAUGCAAAGAAAAGAUGCUCUGGACCAAGUGUUGAAUUAAGAGAUAGCUUAGUUGAUGAAGAUGAUUUAAGCGAAAUCAGUGAUGAUGCUGAUGAGAUACUGAAUCGAGAAGAUGAACUUCCUGAUGCGUCUACGAAGAGUGAAGAUCAAGAUGAUGUACGUUACUCACCUCAGCCACAAGAAACAGCAAGCAAUAAUAAAAUCUCAAUAAGUGUUACAUCUCAAGCAGAUCCUAGCACCAAAAUAAAACAAGAACCUGUUUCUGUUACUCCUAAAAUAAGUGAAACAAUACCAAAAUCUGCAACAAUAAAUGGUGUUGGUGCUGUGAAAGAUGAUACUAAGGUUUCAGUAAAUGAUGAAUCAAAAACUUUGAAUAUUGCAAGUGAUAGUAUGAAGGUUUUGAAUAGCAGCGACAGUGCAUUAAAAGGUUUGAAUGAUAAUGAAGCCAAUUCUAAAGGAAACGCUGUGGCUGCUCCUGAGGAUGAUGUCAUGGACAGUCUAGAUUUUGAAGAAAUAUCUGAUGAAGAGCUUGAAGAAGAAACAAAAGCUAAGGGUCUUAGUGAUGUUUUGGGAGUAGACUGGGCGAGUCUUGUUCAGGAAUCUAAGUCAAAAUCAGUUUCUAAUCAAAAUAAUUACAAUGAUCCCUCAAAUCCUGAUGGUGUGGGUGAAAAUUCAUCCAAACGUCUUUGGAGAUACGAAGAAAUUUUACUCAGAGUUGGAGUAUCCAUUGAAAUGGCAGGACAUGAAUUUGCAUCAAAAAUACUUAAAGAUAUUGAUACUUAUCAAAAUAGCUUGAAAAAGAGCAAAGAUAAUGUAGAUAGCAAUAAUGAAGGAGAUGUUGAUGGAGUAAAAGUUGAAGAAAAGACAAAGUUGGAGCCUCCAAAAAUACAAGCUUCGGUUAUACUACAUCCUAUUGCAUCCAUGCAGGUGGCCAGCAGACAAAAAGCUAAAGCACGUGAAGAACUCUUUUCAAUCAAUCCUUCCAUUCACUAUUGUCGUGCUUUAUCAGCAAGACGAGAUUUAGCAAUGAGAAGGCAAUUAUGUGAUCUGCCACCAUAUCAGGAUGAAACUCCUUCUCUGAAACCAUGUCCUGAUAUGUUCCAGGCUACCCUCAAACUACUUGAGGAAAAAACAUGAUCCAAAUA